UCGGACUUUGCGAAGGAACUAGAGAAAAACAUGGAGACGCUCAUGCGAGAAAUGUCACUGAGUGGGGAGGGAUCUGGAAGUGGUAUGACUCUCAGCGAAGAAGACAAGGAGAAAGCCAAGGCGUUCGCGGCAGCUUGGGAGGCUAUGCUGGUGGAGGGGAUGGACGAGGCGAUUGGGAAGCGGAAAGAUGAGGAGGAAGAUCCUGGAGAAAGGAAGGAUAAGGCGACGGAGAAGGAGGUCGAUGAUGCCUUUCAGAGAAGUAUCAGGCAGGCGAUGGAGAAGCUCGAGAGUAGCGAGAGUGCAAUGCAAGCGGACGCCAAUGCUACCUCGGACGAAUCUCUGGAGGCACUGCUGAAGCAGCUCAAUGGUACGCUAGGCGAGGGAGAGGAGGGCGAACUCCAGGGGCUGCUGGAGAGUAUGAUGUCGCAGUUAAUGAGCAAGGAGGUGCUAUAUGAGCCUUUGAAGGAAUUGCAUGAUAAGUUCCCUUCUUACCUGUCUGAAAAUGCCGCCACGCUCUCCGAUGCGGACAAGUCUCGAUACCAACAACAAUACAAGUGCGUGACGAAGAUUGUACAGAUCUUUGAGGAGCCAGGUUACUCGGAUGAAGAUGCCGAGAAGGGCAAGACAAUAGUGGAGUUAAUGAACGAGAUGCAAUCGCACGGCUCACCACCGUCAGAGAUUAUGGGUCCAUUACCUCCCGGAUUUGAGAUGGGGGCAGACGGCUUGCCUAAAGUUCCAGACGGGUGUACGAUUUCAUGA